AUGGCCAUGAUGAAUCAAAUGAGAGAAUUCGGAGAGGCAUUCCUAGGGCGGGAUAUGUUCUCGCGUCUGGAUUUCUGGACAGAACAUCUUCCAUUUCACCUUCAAGAGAAUGUCACUCGCGACCAAUCCUUCUACCGUGGAUACGCUGCCCUCUUCGAAGCUAUACAUGUCGUUCUCGCACGCUCCGACGAUUAUCCGCCUAUAUCUACCCCAAGCGCCAUACUCGAUAUGAUCACCAACAUGGACGCAGACGGGCAGCGCUUCGUGGCGUACUACAUGGAAAGGGGCGGCUUAAUCGAGCAUGCGCUGAGUUGUGUAACCCAUCUGGCCAAGUGCCAUUCGCCUCUCGGCGACAGAGCCUUCGAUCAGGCCGCAUCACGGGAGUGGAACGCGCUCCCUACCUGCGCAAAUGACCUGGCGUUCUACCUCGUCAGAAGGAAGAUCGGAUUGGAUCCAAGGCAGCAAUGGGGUCCGUACAGGGACGCCCCUACCAACGUUCGAGAGGAGGAGGGCGACAACGAGGAGUUGCACGCAUCGACUGGGAUGACGCUCGACAUGCUGAAAGAAACGAAUCGAUUCAGGACUUGGGCUCCUCGCGUUCCACUCCCCAUAACGGCCUUCUCUUCGGACUCAUGCAUAUACCAUUUGCCUCCGCACCUCCGCGGGAGUAUCUAUCGAACCUUUUACGACGGAUACUUGUGCAUUUUCGGGGCCAUCGUCUGCGUCCUUAAACGCUCUGGCGACCAUGGACCGCCGAUCCCUACGCCGGCAGCCGUGCUUGACGAGCUGCGGACCUUGGACUUUGUCAAGCUGCGAGCAGUGCAAUUCUACUUCGACAAAGGUGGUUUGAUAGAGUACGCGCUGGAUCACGUCACUGCCUUCGCCGCGGACCAGUCACCUCUCGGGGACGGCGAGUUUGAUUCCCUUGCUGCGGAGGACGACUUGGAGAUCGACGAGGACUUGCGGCAGUACUUGUUUAACCUGGAUCCCGCCUUGGUAUCGUCCGAGGGACAACUGGCGAGAGAGUGGAACGCGCUGCCGACCUGCGCUAACGAUCUCAAGUUCAGACUGGUCAGGCUGAAAAUUGGGCUCGAGCCGACCAGGCGUUGGGGCCCUUACCCGAACAUCCCUGCCAUCCUAGGGCCAGAGGAAGACGAGGACAUGGAUGGAAGCGAGGAAGAGCUGGUCGCCGACGCUUGAACCUCAAGUUUGAAGCUCGAAGACCU